AUGGACUACGAAAGUCGUGUUAGUUCCAAAGCUGCUGUUGGUUUGGAAACUGUGUUUAAAAAGUUGGCGGCUAAGGACACGGAGGACUCUUUGAGAGUAGAACUAUGGUAUGAGUUACUUGAUGUUUUGAGGUACGUUGGAAAACGCGAUUUGAGCCUUGAGAAAUGUGACUGGGACUCUGUAUGUGAUAACCUACUUGAGCGGUUACUAAUUUCGAUCUCUUUGACAGACGAUUUGGAUUUGGGUGUCGGUGUGGAUCUUUUCGGAUAUGUAUUUGCGUAUUGCUCAGUGUUUCCAAAUUUACAACAGAUUGUCAUCCGAUUCAUUAAAAAAUUAGAUGACUCAGGUUUAUUGAGACAGCUACUUUGGAAAGUUUGCUGCUCAUCAAAGAAUGGAAACGGUGACCAGGAGUUGCAAGGCGCCGUUAGUGUGACUACGAAUAAAAACAAUAAAAAUACUUGUUCUAUAGGUCUCUACGAUGUGGUGUUCCAAUUAGAAGCAUUCGAAAAGCUCGAUGAAAGUGUGUGGAAGUUUUUGGAUCUUAAUUUGGGGGUUGUUCUAAUAAAAAACUGGAUCCCCUCAUGGAAAUCAUGGAUUUCCCCCUUCAGAGAUCAGGGGAAAUAUUUCAACCCAAUAACAUUCUUGCUUAACGAACGUUUACUAAUUAAGCUUGUAAAUGAUUAUGAACUUGACAUCGCGAUAGCCAACUUUCAGGCUUUCCCAGAGAAAUGGGAAGCUUUCUCGAAACAUGAUAUGGGUGCUGUUCAAUAUUUCAUGUUGAAGUGUGCACGCAGAGCUGUGAAGUGUUCUAGGUUGAUCACCGCAGAAUUUUUCUUGCAAGUUACUGAAUUCUUUUCGAAGACUAUGAAAGACGAUAAGUUUCAACUGAUAGCUCGAGAUCACAGCGGUACUAUCCAUUUCCAGAUCAUUAUGGAAUUUAUUGAUCAUCCUAAAUUAAAUCUUUUGGAAGAGUCGCACUUGGCACUCUUAUUGAGAAGCUCCUUGGAUCACAUAUUGGGACAAUGUUUAAUUCAUAACCAUAUUCCAAGAUUACACUCAACUCUAGGAAAGCUAGGAACCACUCAGUCUUUACCUUCCUUGAUUAAUCUGCUCCAGUAUACGUUAUCAAGGUAUUGUUUGAAAAUAAUGGAAUGCGCUCAAAAUGGAGUUGAUAUGGAAGAUAUGCCCCAUUGGUACAAGAAGAUGACAAAUUUAUACGUUCCGUCGUGGUUUGAAGAGUUCAGACCACUUGUCCCACCAAUAUCAAAGGGACUAUUUGGAGAUGGAGAAAAUAGUAUCGAGCUAGAGGAAGAAUCUCACAGUUUCAGAGAGAACUUCAAAAACAUAUUUGAAAGCUUGCAACUUACUGUGACGUUAAACGAACAAAUCUUAAAAUUUUAUGGAGAGAUAGAUCUAAACCCCUUCAAGCUUAAUUCAGAGACAAUCUCAAGUACUGUUAAAAAUAUUCAAAGCAUCACAACUUCAAAGUAUUUCAAAAUGUAUUAUGUGCCACUUUUUACAACCCUUCUGAUAUCAGAUCAGCUUCUGCUGAAUGAUGGGGACAACUUCCAGACUUUUUUGGAUGAUUCUACAAAAGCAAUAGGUGCCAAGCGGUUGUUUAGGCAUUGUGUAAAACAAAGUGAGCACCUUAUACAUAACUAUGGGAAUAUUGGUUUGUACCACUUUGUCAUGUUUUUGUCUCAGAUAAGUGUAGAAAGCUUAUUACUCCAAAAACUUUCAAUAAAGUUACUUAACCACUUAUUUUUCCAAGGAGACAAACAAUGGGUUUUGCAAUUAUGUCUAUCAAAUGAGUUGACCUUGCAAAGUUUACAUGAUUAUAUUUUAUUAUGGAAUGACGGCUCAGAGUCAUACUCUUCCUUUUUCACAGAGGUUUUCAAGAAACCCCAACCAACCAUUGAAAUGAAAUCGGUGGUCAUUGGUGACUUCGUUGAAUUGUUGACUGAUGAGAAGUAUUAUAAUCAAAACAAAAGCAAAAAUGUUAUUAACAAACCAAAGACCAAAUAUAAUACAAAUGCCAGUGCUUUUGUGCCCAAUGAUUUAACAAGUUUGCAUAUGCAUACGCCAAAAAGAUCAGAAUAUUCUCAGCAACAAUAUCCCCUAAACCCGUCCCCAAACAUAUACGGAUUUAGCAACACCAGAGGUUUCGAGGCUAAUAAGAUUACUGGCAGUAAUAACAACACUACCAAUAAUACUGGUAGUAAUAAUCAUACUCACAACCAUGCUAAUAGCAAUAAUAGCAUUAUUCCUACUUCGAAGAAAAUCCCAUUAUCCGAUUGCUAUUCAACUCUAUUCAGCAGCGAACAACCAACAAGAUCACAUGCAGCACAAAGCUGGCCUUUGUCGCCCUCUAUUCCACAACAAGACAACACGGCUGCAAUAAGGUUAGUUAAUACCGGAAAAAGUUAUAUCUUAGGAGGACAUAACAGGGCUGUUAACAAUAGUAGAACUAAGAGUGUUCAUGUGGAUGAUUUUGAACAAAGCCGUUAG